UCACGACAUUGUUGGAAUGUUCGACGAAUUGUAGACAACACCCAGACUGUCGGUCGUUUACAUACAACACUGAUCUGACAUGCCGUCUGCAUUUUGUGAGACUUGCGAAGGCCAGUUCUCUCCCUUCGUUAGGAUCGCGCCACUACUUUGAUAUGGCAGGUGACUGUCCAAUCGAAGACGGGUACGCACUAAUUCUACAUCUGAACUUGUGCUUCAAGGCGUACCCCAAAAAAUACCGGUGGCUCGGAGCACGCAACUCUUGCCGUAAUAAAGGAAGCAGGUUGAUCAUCUUGGACACGGAAGAAAAACAUACAGCCGUCAGAGAAUACAUCAAAACAAAUAUCGAUGAGGCGCAGUAUUGGAUUGGGUUGAAUGACAGGUUAGAAGAGAGUGUGUUCCUCUGGGAGAAUGGAAACAAUGUCAACUUCUCAAUGUGGGGCCUCACUAGUCCGAACAACGAAUGGAAGACAGAAGAUUGUGUUAUGUUAUCUGUUGAGCAGAACUGGUGGAAUGAUGUUAACUGCAAUCUUGAUUAUAAGUACAUAUGCGAACAUUCAAUCUAAUUAAAUUGCAAGUAAACAAAUACCACACCACAUGAGUAAUCAAUAUGAAUUGAAUAAUUACACAAAAGAAUAAAAUUAAGUGAUAAAA